GGCCACCUUCCACAUCCUUGCAAGGUGUUCUCCACAUCCCACCUUCGACAUCCACACCACCAAACCUACCACCAAGUCACUACCACUGCGCAAAUACUCGUAACUCCACGACAAGCUCUGCAAGUACCGCGCGUCUACAAACGAAGGCUCAAGCACCACCACCAUGCCGGGCAAAAUCGUCCCUGUAACGAGCUCCUCCCACUUCGAAACGCUUCUCAGCUCCUCCACAUACACGAUCGUUGACUUCUACGCUGACUGGUGCGGGCCUUGCAAAACGAUUGCACCUGUGUUCCAGACACUCGCCGAGAAGGAGACAAAGCCAGGGAAGCUACAGUUCGUGAAGGUCGACGUAGACGCACAGCAAGAGGUGGCGAAGAAGUACGGGGUCUCUGCCAUGCCCACCUUCCUCGUGAUUAAAUCCAAGUCCGUAAUCGAGACCAUUCGUGGCGCCAACCCAUCCGCUCUUACAGCCGCCGUUCGGAAAGCCGCAAACGACACAGGCGCAGGCAGCGCAGGUUCUACAGCCUUUACCUCCAAGGGCAGGACAUUGGGCAGCUCGAGCCAGCCGAGUCAGACAGUGGGCGAUGGCGCAUUUGCAGGGCUGCAGAGGCUGAUGACAGGCAAUGGUGGGUUCGCGGACAUGGCGAUACGAUUCAUUGCGCUGUACCUGGUGAGCUUGUUUGCAUUUGAUUCGUUCAAGGCGGCGGAAGAGAGCCCGUACAAUAUCAGGCCCAGGAGGUAAGGAACGAGGAGCAUCGUACAGAAGAUAACACGCAGAUUCAGGCGUACAGAGGGAUUGCAGCAAUAUUACAUGAGUCAUCAUUCGGCAUCCAGCAUGAUGAAGUUGGCCGUGGUGCUGUUUGCCUGAAGAAGGCGCGGGGCGAUGCUCGUGUGUCAGAAUCUUCUCCACGUUGCCAACUUACCUACAGGUCCCUAUCACAGGUGACCAGGGAGUACAGGACAAUGCCGCAGUCAUAUACACACCACGUACCAAAUCAAGCAUGCAAGACCAACGUCUGGACUGCAAAGACAAAACACUAUUGAUCACUGUUCAGCCUGGCACGAUGUACCCAGCUGCAGACUUGGUGACCACAUUGUGAACGAUGCGUCCAAGUUAGUGUAGUUCCCACACGAUAAUGUAUUCGAUCCUUCCUAGAUAAC